GAAGUCACGACUGGGAACAUACGAUAACAUUGGUGACAUAUAUACGUCGAAGAUUACGUAUGUCAAAGCAGUAGACAUCACGUUUAGCGAGAGGACAUUGAAAUGGAACGUUUGAUUGUCUUGCUCCUCUGUCUCACUGCCAGCUAUGCCGCCCAGCCACCGGCCUGCGAGGCUCAGGUGGACUCCCUGGGGGCCAAGGUGGACGCCCUGAUGCGGCAGCUGCAGCUCCAGCAGUUGUUCGUUGAAGAAAAAGUCAGAUCGGACGCUGACUCUGGUAUCAAACAAGUCCCCACCACCAGCACAGGAACCCGGCCUUAUUUCAGCCAGACUCAUGUUGGUGACACAGUCGGCAACAUCAGACCAGUUCCUUCCAAGAAGAACAUGUUCGACAUCGGCUCCUUAAUUGCAGUUCUCAACGGAGUCGAGUUCCGAGCCAAACGCCACACUAUAGAGCUGAGAACUCCACACAAAACAAGCAAGACAUUCCAUGCCACUGAGCCGAUUACUCUGCCCACUGUCCCACCUCAGGUGAAAAGCAAAGGAGACGUGACCAAACAGAUUGCAGAAAUGAGAGAAUGGUUCAGAAAUUUCCAGGACGUUAGUACGCGAUCGGGCAGAAACUUUUACCCCUACUUCAAAAGCGUCUUCUGCUAUCUCGAAGGGACGUGGCUCGAGGCGGACAAGAAAGACCCACUUUCAGCUGACUUUUUGAACACACAGUAUAAUGUCAAGUUCCAGGGAUACACGGGAGCUUACAACGAUGAAAAGUACGACUAUCUCCCCACCACAAUGAUCGACCUGAUUAACGAUACUAUCCCUGUAUUCGGCAAGUGGAACUACAGGAUCAUGUGUCACACGCCUAAAACUGUCAUCAAGAGAGACAGGUUCAGAGUCAUUGACAACAUUGCGCUCCGCAUGGCCAAAAAUUUGACUUUCGAAGAGUACAAGGAUUCUGAUUAUGCUCGGUUCCAGCUAAACCCGAGGAACUCAAAGUAUGACACGUCUAAAAGUGAAUAUUUCGCCGGACGAGGGCUGCUAGAUAUUAUAAUGGAAGAAAUACCAGGAUUAGAUAACUACCCGGGUAAAAACGUAGAUGAUGGUCUUUUCGAAGCUGUGUAUCCUCUUUCGUCAAAGAUUGCCACCCAGCCAAAGCUUAACAGCGCCUAUUACAACCGCUGGUUUAGAGUGAUGCGUAAGGGAGCUAUGGGGUUGACAGUGCGCCAUCGUGGCUACUCCGACGAAUCCAUCUUUACCGCUCAGACCACUCAACAGAAGGUUGCUGGCAUGCACCUGGAUGCAUGUAACGGCAGGGGGAAGAGCAGAGUGUGCGUCAACUACUACCAGAAAUGGUCAUACGCUGUACCUUUGUUUGUCACCUACCUCACCCCUCUGGGCCAGUGGAACCCGUACAACCUGAAGAAGCAAACCAAUGACGCUACUGUGACUUCCGGUGGUCGUACAGGCGGGUUGUCCAGCACCAAGGCGUAUAAUGGUUACAGUGACCAGCACCUUUACCUUACACCUGCAGAAUUCUUCUCAGCCCCUUCAACCCCUGAAGACCCCAUCAAGGGUGUCUUGGACGCUAAAGGAACCGUCAGGUCUGUACGCGCCAGCGGUCAGAGGUUCGUUUUCCCCGAGAUACCUGGAGUACGGGGCAGAGUCCGCCAAACCUAUCCUAUCUUCCCAGUACACACUGACGGCAGCGUGGUCUCCAAGGAACUGGCCGCCUUGGUCGAUAUGGUCACCAAGAGUAACACUUUCGCUAAUUUGUUUAAGUAACCUUUUUUUAGCCGUAAUGUAGAAUUUAUGGCACACCGGUUUAUUCUGUCAUUUUGACUGUAUUUCCUGAUAUGAUACAUAAACAGUAAGUUGCAAUUA